AUGCACUGCUACCAAGGUAAUUAUGGGGAGGACAUUAUCGAAUGGAAAACUCAGAGCGGAGUUCCCAUCACUACCAUUGUUACGGAUGACCAGGUUGCGGUUGAUAAGCAUAUUAUAUCUCGUUUUCAGUUUCCAACAAAAGGUUCCAAACACGAGACAAGAGUUUUUGGGUUUGAUACCGAGUGGGUUGUGCAUGAACAUGAAGUGUCAUCUGCCAAAUGCGCCUCUGUGCAACUCUGUUAUGGAAAUUCAUGUCUUAUUAUUCUGUUACGUUUUGGACGUGUUCCUCAAUCCCUAGUUAAUUUCCUCCAUAAUCCAGAUUAUACCUUCGUGGGUUUCGGGAUCAAAGAUAAUAUUGCAAAGUUGGAGAAGAACUACGGAUUUGGAUGCAGAAAUGCUGUUGAACUAGCACCUAUGGCUGCUACCAUGAUGAAGAUACCUCGUUUGAGUUAUUGCGGUGUUCGUGAACUAGCAUAUCUGGUCAAUGGGCUUGAUCUUCGAAAUCACUCGUGUGAGAGCAGCUCCUCCUUAGAUUGGAGUGUCUUUGACCAUCGCAAAGAAAUUGUUAAAAUUGCUUCUGCUAAUGUUUAUGCUUAUCACAAGAUUGGAAGCAAAUUGCUGGCUCAAGAUGGGAAUAAGUAA